AUGGAGGUAAUCAGUUCAGGUCACAGUGGCGCGAUAGCAUUAGGUGUCUAUAGGGAGGACUCUGCCCUAGAGCGAAUAGCCGGAUAUGAAGGCUCGUCAUGGGGCUAUCAUGGAGACGAUGGAAAGAAAUUUGAUGCUGCUUCACAAGGCCAGCCCUACGCAGAGAUAUUCGGAAAUGGGGACAUAAUAGGCUGCCGCGUCGAGAUGUCCAGUGGAAAGCUAGAGUACUUUAAGAAUGGCCGAUCGCUUGGAGUCGCAUUCACAAAUGUUCAUGGCUUUGUAUUCCCGGUGGUAGACAUUGGCUCAUAUGGUGCCCAUAUUCGGGUUGAUUUCAGGCCGCACACAGAGAGCUGGAGCGGAGAGUCCGAAGUAUAG